AUGUCGGCGAUGGAGGAGACGUCGAGCUGGUGGCCGGGCAGCCCGCGGUCCGGCGCGCCGGCGCCGGCGCGCGAGGCGCCCGGCGCCCAGACCUACGACGAGAUCAUGGCGCGGGCCGCGGCGUCGCGCGGCGAGGCGUCGAGCCCGCGGCCCGUGAUCACGCUCCACCGCGUCGGGUCCGGGCGGCGCGGCGGGUCCAAGGACCCCCGCGAGUACGACCGCCUCGAGAGCCGCCUAAAGGCGCUCCAAAAAAAAAUCAGCCUCGUGCGGUCGCACCUCCGGGAGGCCGACGAGUCCGCCGCGGCGGAGCGCGCCGCCGAGCUCGCCGAGGCCGAGGCCCUCGCGGCGAACACGCGCGCGAACCGGUCCGCGGGCGCGCGCGCGCCCGCGCCCGGCGACGACGGCGACGGCGGCGGCGCCGCCGUCGCGCGGAGCUUCCUCUGCUCCGCCGACUCCGCCGACGUCGACUACGGCACCGGCCCGCCCGCGGCGUCGCACCUCUCCCACGUCGCCAUCGACAGCGACUUCGCCGACGACGACGACGACGGCGGCGCGCCGCCGGACGGCCGGCCCGCCGGCGGCGACGCGGCCCGAGACGCGCUCUGCGGCGACGCGGGGGACGUCGAGGAGCUCGAGAAACGUUUCACGCGCCUCGCGCGCCGCCUGGCGCUGAGCUGCUACCGGUUCGUCGUCGUCCACCCCGAGGACCGGUCGAUCCACGACGCGAGCCUCUACGAGCUCAAGGAGGCGACGGUCGUCGGCGCCGCGGACCUGCCGCCGCACACCGCGGCGAGCGUCUACGACGUCGAGCAGCUGCCCGUCGCGCGCGCGGUCGUGCUGCCGUACCUCCCCGAGGCCGCGCGGCCGAUGCCCGUGCGCAUCCGCGUGCCCUACAUCCACGCCGCCGCCUGA